UGCUAAAGCAUGGCGGUCAAAAACAACGCGUGGAAGUCACAGUAAUCAACAACAUAGCAAUCCGUUGCAUUAUAUUAAUUUUCAAGAGUAACAACAGCAAUGCUCGUUGGAUAGGACGUUAGCUCUCUGAUGCAGGUAGCUGUUAACAUCGGUACGGAGGAUAAACACUUUUCUCCAGAAAAGUCUGAGCAAACUUAAAACUGGUGGAUGAGCCGGUUAAAGUAUCCUGACUGAGUCUAACUGCUGUGCUGAUUAUGGAUGACUUAGAAAGAGAGCUGGAGCCUCACAUUGACUUAGAGAAUGACUCUGACUCCUCAGAGGAUAACUCUUCAAAAGGAGAGAAGAAAUCAAAGUUCCCUCUGGUUAAACCCAUUUAUGGAGAUCAGACUCAACAGAAUGGGUUUCGCCGGACCACCAGCAUGUGUCGGGAGCGCAUCAGAGAAGCCAUGCUGCACCACAGAUGGGAGGAGGCAGCAGAAUAUAUGGUGUACUACCCCCAAAUUUUAGAGGACAGAAAUCUUUUCACAGCGCAGCCAUCUAAGGAGUUUAUUUGGAGAACUGCCACUGAGAUCUUUCACCAUCAUCCCAACUCAACAAUGGAAGAUUACAACACCAUCUAUGAGCGAAUGAAGCAUUCGGGAUUUAGACAUUACCUAAUGAUUUCUCUGGAACAUUCCUUCCACCUCCUGCUCCACCAGCAGAUUGAAGAUGCAAAGCGGCAUCUUGCUAGCGCUGAGAGUUGGAGGCACGGGAAAGAGACAGCAGCUCAGAUUCAGAAUAUUAAACUGAUCCAGGCGUACAGGGGCCUGCUGGAUUAUAUCAUCUGGUGUGACAAAAAGUCCACACGCUCCAACAGCGAUUAUUAUGAAUCUGAUUCCAAUCAAACCAUGCAAAACUACUUCAGGCAAGCGUCAGUGAAUCUUGAGGAGAUUUUGAAAAAUCCAGGCGUCUGGGAUUGUUUCAUACUGAGAUAUGUUGAGAUGCUCGAGUUUUAUGAGCAUCAUAAGGAGGCUCUGCAAGUCCUGAAUGACUAUGCGUAUGACAGCAAUUUCCCACCCAAUCCCAAUGCGCAUGUCUACCUCUACCAGUAUUUAAAGCGACAAGGUGCUUCGGAGAAGAGACUGAUGAAAGUGUUGAAGGUCCUCCAUGCAUUGGUCCCCAGCCAUGAGUUGAUGCUGGAGUAUAGCUCUCUCCUGCUUCAGUCAGAGAAACAAAGUGACACCCAGAAAGCUUUGGGAGUUGUCCUGGAAAUGCUGGACUUCAAUUGCUGGGGGAGCAACCUGGAAGUGUGGAUCCGUUUAAAGGCAGUGAUCCAAAAGCUUCAAAAUCAAGUAGACUGGGAGAACAUUGUCUGUGAAAAGAUGGCUGAAAGAAAAGACUGGUGGCUUGCGCUGCACUUCACGAGCUUCCAUGCCACGAAAGACUCAAAGGAGAAGCCCGAGCUUUUUGAAGUGAAAGCUUCGCUGACAAAAAUCCUUUGCCCAGACCGACCACUGAAGUAUAGCGUGAAUGGCUCACAGGUGAAGGGCAAAGCUGAGACAAAGAAAAGAAAAGGAAGAAGAUAUUAAAGCUCCAUUUUGUUAAAUGUUAA